AUGGCCGCCGAGAAGCCCGAUAAGAAGGAGAAGAAGGACAAGAAGAGAAGCGACGAGUCCGGCGUCUCAAAGUCCAAGAAGGAGAAGAAGGAUAAGAAGGACAAGAAGGAGAAGCUCGCCGCCGCCCUUGAGGAGAAGCUCCAGCAAGAUGCCCCCGUCGCUGCCGCUGCUGCUGCCAACAUGGACGAGGAUUCUGAUGCUGAAGAGGAGAAGGCCGCUGAGCUGCCUCUUGAGCGCGUUGUCGUUCCUUUCGCCCUCCCCGUGGCGGAUGAGAAGGGCAUGAAGAAGGUUUAUAAGACCAUCCGAAAGGCCGCCAAGAACAACACCCUGAAGCGCGGUGUCAAGGAGGUCGUCAAGACUCUCCGAAAGUCUCCCCCUUCCGCCCCCGGCAACACCUCUUUCCCCGGCGUUGUCAUCAUCGCCGGCGACAUCUCUCCCAUGGACGUCAUCUCUCACCUCCCCGUGCUGUGCGAGGACCACAAUGUGCCCUUCAUCUUCGUCACGUCGCGCGCCGAGCUCGGCGCUGCCGCCAAGACCAAGCGCCCUACAUCUGUGGUCAUGAUCAUGGAGAAGGCCGAGGGCAAGAAGUCAAAGGACAAGUCCGCUGACAAGGACGGCGAGGAUGAUGGUGAGGCGUUCGGCGAGAGCUACGCGUCCCUCGUCAAGUACGUGCAGAAAGAGUAUGGCAAGCAGGCUUUCUGGGUCAAGGGUGGAACCAAGUACUAGGGGGACAAGGUCCAUCGACGACGCGACAGUGCCGUCAUUGUAGGAAAGGUCCGAAGAUGAAGAGAGAGCCGGGAUCCCCAAAGAUCAAGAAAGAGAAAGGGUACCCUGGAGCGGAUGGUGUGGUGUGUUAGAACAAGUACAAGUCUGGAUGUAUUAUACCAGAACAUCUAGCCGGAGAACCAACGGCUGGAUGAGGGCUUUGGCGGCGUUCAGGUUUAGCUAUUGCAUUAAAAAUGGGACAUGAUUAUCAAGGGUCCUUGAAGUUGAAACAUGGCAG